GCCAUUCACUGACUCAUCUCCUCCUUCAGCCUUCAUCUUCUCCACCUCGCGGACUAUUCCUGACCCUCUCGGUAGGCGCGUAUUUAUUCAACACAACGGAAGCCUAGAUUUCUUGACACGCAGGAAGCACUGUUGUGAAUCAUGUCGCAAUCGCUGUAGAGUUUCGACAUUGUGAAGCUGGUGUGGAUGAGAUUGAGGCGGUCGAGUGCUGCAGCUCUAGACAAGGGAGAAUUGGUCUGGGUAUGGACCGGAAAGAACAUGGUUGGGUGCUCGGUGUUGCUGGAAGCGUCAGGAUUGGUUGCAAGAGCGGCGAGGGACGACUGAUAUAAAGGAGGGGAAUUGGAGCUUAGAUGCUGUGAAAGAGGAAGAGUGUGUGAAAGAGGAAGUGUGUAGGAAUUAGAAGUACAUGGGAUUAGAUAUGGCGCUUGGCUCUAGCCUGCAGGUGCAGGAGAGGACGCAACUGAAGCUGCAGCUUCCGCACCAGGUGAUCGUCCCGGCGUUUUUUCUGUGCCCCAUAUCGCUGGAGCUGAUGCGGGAUCCCGUGACGUUAUGCACAGGAAUGACGUUCGACCGCGCCAGCAUAGAGCGGUGGCUGGGACUCGGGCACAACACGUGCCCUGCGACUAAUCAGAUUCUCGAGAGCCAGGAGCUCAUUCCAAAUCAUACUCUUCGACGUCUCAUUCAGAACUGGUGUGUUGCCAAUAAGGCUUACGGCGUGGAGCGAAUCCCAACUCCGAAAGCGCCGGCGGAGCCAGGCGACGUGAAGCAGUUGCUCGAAGGCAUCGGUCAAUGUGAGGAGGUGGGGUGUGAUUCCUUGAAGAAUCUGUGGAGUUUAGCGAAAGAGUGUGAGCGCAACAGGAGGUGCAUUGAGAAAGUGGGGGCGGUCCCCAUUCUCGCUAAGGCUUUGGCCCAACUAUGGGUGGGCAUGCGCUACUCUGCGGGUUGCAACAGGGGUCGGGAGGUAGCUUGUGAAGAGGCAUUGGCCACAAUCGCGCUGCUUCAGCUUGACGAUGGCGACAGGAGGGCUCUGGUUGCUCCAGAGUCACUCGAGUGUUUGGUAUUUCUCCUCACGUCCGGAAGUCUGGACGCGAAGUUAAACGCGGCCGACGUUAUUCAUACUUUGUGUGAGGAGGAUCCUCAUGUGAAAACUGCCGUGGCUAGCCUCCCUGGAGCCAUGAAAGGGCUUGUAAACCUCCUCAAGGAUGAUUUGUGUCCAAGAGCAGUCCAGGCAGGUUUGCGGUGCUUGUUGUGUGUCUGCCUUCCCCGAAGUAACCGUGUCAUGGCCAUUGAGUGUCGAGCUAUAAGCGUUGUGGUGGAGCUUUUGCCGAACACCGAGAAGAGAACCAAGGAGCUGGCAUUCGCGGUUAUGGAGAUUCUCGCUAACUGCGCCGAAGGUCGGGAGGCGAUCUCCAACCACGCCCUGGCCAUCCCCAUGAUAGUCAAAUCAAUGUUGGGCGUCUCGCAACGCGUUACGGAAUGCGCUGUGUCGACCUUGUGGGUCGUUCUUUCCUACGCCUCCAACCGAAGUGUUACAAAUACGGCGUUGCAAGCAGGAGCAUUCGCCAAUCUGCUCAUGUUACUGCCUGGCGAGUGCAGCCAGCGCGCGAAGCACAAAGCCCGGGACAGCUUGAGGCUCCUCAACGAGAACUGGGGUAGCUACACUUGCAGACCCGCCGACGAAGCUCGCAUCAUCAACAAGCGAGACUUGGGUCAGCUGCGAUUUAAGACCGAUCUAGUGUAAAUUUUUAGUGCCACCUUUUUUCAGGUUCCAGGAGACAAAUGUAGCUCCAGUUCAUUUGUUCGAAGACCAAGUGAUUGCACAUCUUGGAGCGCCACGUUACUGUUAUUCUUUUAGGGCGCUGUGAUUACCGCGACCUUCACCAGAUUGUAUAGCUGUAGAACAUUAAAUUGAUGGAAAAAUUAAAAAAUGGAAAAAAGAAACGGCCUUUCUGACUCCUUCCAGAACUGGAUUCGUUUUUUUUCUUUUCUUUUCAUUAACCGGCA